AGUGAAACUCACACAGUCGCUGUGACUGAGAGCAGAAAUGGAGCAGAAUCAGCUGGACAGAGAAACUUUGUCCUGUUCCAUCUGUCUGGAUCUACUGAGGGAUCCAGUGACUACUUCCUGUGGACACAGCUACUGUAUGAAGUGUAUUAAAGCCCAGUGGGAUGAAGAGGAUCAGAAGGGAAUCCACAGCUGCCCUCAGUGCAGGGAGACAUUCAUACCGAGGCCUGUGCUAAAGAAGAACACCAUGCUAGCAGCUCUAGUGGAGCAGAUGAAGAAGACUGGACUCCAAGCUGCUGCUGCUGACCACUGCUAUGCUGGACCUGAAGAUGUGGCCUGUGAUUUCUGCACUGGAAGAAAACUGAAAGCCAUCAAGUCCUGUCUGGUCUGUCUGGCCUCUUUCUGUGAGAAUCACCUUCAGCCUCAUUAUGAUUCAGCUACAUUUAAGAAACACAAGCUGGUGGAGCCAAACAAGAACCUGCAGGAGAACAUCUGCUCUAAGCACGAUGAGGUGAUGAAGAUGUUCUGCCGCACUGAUCAGAAGUGCGUCUGUCUCAUCUGCUUAAUGGAGGAACAUAAAGGUCAUGACUCAGUGUCAGCUGCAACAGAAAGGACUGAGAGGCAGAGAGAGCUGGAGGAGAGACGAGGAAACAUCCAGCAGAGAAUCCAGGACAGAGAGAAAGACGUGAAGCUGCUUCAACAGGAGGUGGAGGCCAUCAAUCACUCUGCUGAUAAAACAGUGGAGGACAGUGAGAAGAUCUUCACUCAGCUGAUCCGUCUCCUCCAGAAAAGAAGCUCUGAGGUGAAGCAGCAGAUCAGAUCCCAGCAGGAAACCAAAGUGAGUCGAGUCAAAGAUGUUGAGGAGAAGCUGCAGCAGGAGAUCACUGAGCUGAAGAGGAAAGACGCUGAGCUGGAGCAGCUCUCACACACACAGGAUCACAACCAGUUUCUCCUCAACUACCCCUCACUGCCAGCACCCAGUGAGUCCACACACUCAUCCAGCAUCAACAUCCGUCCUCUGAGACACUUUGAGGACGUGACAGCAGCUGUGUCAGAGCUCAGAGACAAACUACAGGACGUCCUGAGAGACUCAUGGACAAACAUCUCACUGAUGGUCACUGAGGUGGAUGUUCUACUGUCAGAACCAGAACCAAAGAACAGAGCUGGGUUCUUAAAGUAUUCAUGUGAAAUAACUCUGGAUCCAAAUACAGCAAACUCACUGCUGACACUAUCAGAGGGGAACAGGAAGGUGACAUGGAUGGAUCAACAUCAGUCUUAUUCUAGUCAUCCAGACAGAUUCACUUAUUGGCCUCAGGUUCUGAGUAGAGAGAGUCUGACUGGACGAUGUUACUGGGAGGUGAAGUGGAGCGGGUCAGUAGUUUAUAUAUCAGUUACAUACAAGAAGAUCAGUAGAGCAGGACGUGGGAAAGAAUCUUUAUUAGGAUAUAAUGACAAAUCUUGGGCUUUAGUGUGUCAACAAAACAAUUUUAGAUUCGGUCACAACAGCAUCUGGACCAACAUCUCAGGUCCAGGUUCCUCCAGAAUAGGAGUGUUUCUGGCUCACACAGCAGGUCUUCUGUCCUUCUACAGAGUCUCUGAAACCAUGACUCUCCUCCACAGAGUCCAGACCACAUUCACUCAGCCGCUGCUGGCUGGAGUUUGGGUUGGUUUCACUGGAGACUCUGCAGAGUUCUGUAAAGUGAAAUAGAUUUCCUCUUUUCUCUCUGAUUGUUGAUCAGGUUCUUGGUUCUGAUGUCUCUGCUCUGAUGUUCUGUUCUUGAUUUUUCUCUGUGUUCCUGGAGCCAUAAAGGAAAUUAAUGCUGAUAUUUUUAUAUGACAGAAACAUAUUUCUCUAAACAUCCUUGGAUGCUAAUAAUUUAGCUUUAAUAUUUGUUUGAAUAUAUUUUGAUGUUCUGGUUUCUCUAUGUUGCUUUUUGUUUCAAUCAGUUCAUAUUAAAAUGAACUGAACUUUUUUCUGUUUUUCUUUAUUUUGAUCCAAAGAAGAAACAGAAACUAAAACUUAGAACUGAUGCUGUUUUCUUCUCAGUCCUUCAGAUUUAGAUCAGAAUAAAUGUUUGAUGUUUUGACUCUUUGAAUUCAUUCAAUAAAACAUCUUGAUUACUGAGAAAUGUGGAAAGAUUUGAUCUUGAUUGUUGCAAUAAAUUGUUCGUUUUGUCGUCUAAAUUUCCGAAACUUUUCCUUCAGAUGGUCUCAUGUGAUGUUUGGUUUCUCUCUGCUUC